AUGUAUUUCUCACCUCGAAAUCUUCUAGUUCCCACCUCUCUCCUCUCCUCUGCCUUUUCAGCCACCACCCGCCAUGCUCCCCGCUCAGAUCUCUCUUCCCGCGUGAUCCACCAGUUUCCUAAUCCUACCUGGCUCGAAAAUAUUGUGAUAACUUCCAGUGAUAAAAUACUCGUCACUGAUAUCACAAAUCCCUAUCUCUACUACAUCGACCCUACUAUUUCAUCACCCGCACCAGAUUCAAAUGAAACUGCCACACUCAUUCAUUCUUUCACACCUGAAUUAUCUCUCCUAGGCAUCACCGAAGUCGCACCCUCCCAUUUCUACCUCAUCACAAGAAACUUCACACUCUCCUCAGUAGCCAGCACUCUUACAGGUGUCAAUACUAUCUACUCUGUUGAUCUCACAUCCUAUGUCCCCUCCACCAAUAGCGGUGCCUCUGUCUCAAAAGUGGCAGUUAUAUCCGGCGCCGGAUCUCUCAAUGGACUCACCACCCUUUCCGAAUCACAAAAUUUGAUCAUCGCAGCUGAUCCCAUCCUCGGAGUUGUCUGGUCCAUCAACGUUCUCACUUCCGAAUACUCUGUUCUUCUCGACCUCGCAGAGUUGAAGCCACCCGUUUCCACUUCUUUGGCAUUCGGUGUCAAUGGUCUUAAAGUUUUGACUCCUACCACUGGUGAUACUGAUCAAGUGUACAUCUAUUACACAAACACGGGACUUACAACCUUUGGGCGAAUUCCGUUCUCUCUUAGUACUUUGAACGUCACAGGACCAGUGGAGAUCCUUACCGAUGCUUAUGGGGCUGAUGAUUUCGCGUUGGACUCCGAGCAGGGAGUUGCUUAUUUGGCUUAUGGAACUGGAGCCAGUGUGUUGAAGAUUGGUCUUGAGGGUGGUGAUGUGAGUGUGGUUAUUGGUGGAGUGAAUGAUACGUUGGCUGGAAAUGCGAAUGAGACGGUUCUGUCUGGUCCAACAAGUGUUCAAUUGGGCAGAGCUGGUGAUGGAUUGGGAUGGGCGUAUGUUAGUCAGAGUGGAAAGAAUGAGGGUGUUUAUACCGAGGGUGGAAAGGUUCUCGCGAUUGACAUUACUGACUCUUCUUAG